AUGAAGAUAUGUUUACGCUAUCUCGGUGACCCUGGAUAUCAACAAGGUAUUGGUCAGGAACUUGGUGUUAGUCAAGCAACGGUAUCUCGGACUGUGGAUAGAGUUGUGAACAGCAUAGUUGCACAGUCGAACAAGUUUCCAACUACCAACCAUGAACUGAUGGAGGCCAAACGGAUAUGGCAAAGCAUGUAUAAAUUUCCGACAGCAAUUGGUGUAAUUGAUUGUACACAUAUAGGAAUACAGAAAACAAAUCGCCAUGGAGAUGAGUAUAUCAACCGAAAAGGGAAACCUACUUUAAAUGUGCAAGGCACUUGUGAUGCCAGAGAGAUGUUCACAAGUGUUGAUGUCAGUUAGCCUAGAUCAGUGCAUGAUUCCAGACUAUGGAGAAAUUCACAGACUAAAUCACAACUAAUAAAUAAAGCAAAUGUUGUACUAUUUGGCGAUGACGGUUAUGGUAUUGAGCCAUGGGUUAUGCUCCCUUCAGAAAUCCUACUUCAGGUGCAGAAAUGAAUUAUAAUAAGCUUUUAAAACAAGAAAGAGUUAUAAUUGCAGUAUGUUUGCCGGGUAAAGUUGGAAAAUGUGCUGAAAAUAAUUAUUGCUUGUAUUGUACUCCAUAAUGUUGGGAAGAGCUAGGGCGAUCCUAACUUUGAGUUAAUUGAACAAGUCCCAGAUGAAGAUGAAGAAAAUCAUGAGAAUGAUGAACUUCCUCUCCGCCAACUAGGUCAACAAAUAAGAAGAAACUUGAGUAUUA